AUGGAACCGGCGCCCUCUGAGGUCCACCUCGCUAUCCGAGAUGUCAUCCAUAUCCUCUCAUCUUCUGAAGAUGGCAGCUGCAUUGUCUCCACUCUGGGGUCCUUGAAGCGCUACUUCAGUGAUGCAGGAGAAGGGUCAGCCCUCCCUAAGGAAAGGGAGGAGUUUGCCAGGCUCCACUUCUCCACUCUCCUCAGAUGCCUGGUCAGCAAACUGAGCCCUGAUUGGCUGGAACUGCUCCCAAGUGGGCAACUGGAAGAGUUGUGGGCCAGCUUUUUCCUGGAGGGCCCGCCUGACCAGGCCUUCCUGGUGCUAAUGGAGGCCAUUGAGAGCACUACUGGCCCUAGCUACCGUCUGAUGAAGCUGGCAUGGUUGCUGGAGCGGUUCCUGCGUGGGGGCAGGAUGGCGGCACUGAUUGGGGUGCAGUGUCAGCAGCAAGCACAGCUUGGCUCCUCCCUGCUUCAGGAGACACUGCUUAGCAAGGUGGCCUGUGUUCCUGACCACCUGAGCAACCGCCUGCAGCGUGAGAACCUGGCUGUGUUCCUGCCACAGGGGUACUUCCCCCUGCUGGGUGAGGAGCUCAUCCGCACUCUUCACAUGGUGGUGGAUAGUCUGCGUGGUGGUGUGGACUGCUCUGUUGCCUUUGUGUCUCAAGUGCUGGGGAAAGUCUGUGUCCAGGGGCGACAGAAGGAGCUCCUGGGGGUGUUGGUGCCCCGCCUAGCAGCGCUCACACAGGAUGACGGGCUGUGGCAGCGGGUGUGCUGGUCCCUGGUGGAGCGUGUGCCCGACCGAGCUGUAGAGGCCAUGCUGACCGGGCUUGUGGAGGCCGCUCCUGGGCCAGAGGUCCUGUCACGAUUGCUGGGGAACUUGGUGAUGAAGAAUAAAAAGGCGCAGUUUGUGAUGACCCAGAAGCUCCUGUUUUUACAACACCGAUGCUCGACAUCCAUGCUACAGAGCCUCCUGGGGUACUUGGCUGCCGAAAGCCAGCGUCGCACUCUGCUUGUGCAGGUGCUCCGGGAGCUCCUGGAGACCUGGGGCAGCAGCAGUGCCGUGAGGCAUGGGCCGCUCCCGCAGCAGCUUCAUCUCAGCAAGGCUAUCCUCGUGUGCCUGACGCUCCUGCGGGACGUUGAGCUCCAGGAUAUCCGGGAAGAGCUGCUGGCCAGCAUGAUGGUGGGGGUGCAGAGCCACCUGGACAGCAGCCUGCCACCCGUGCGUCGCUCAGGCAUGUUGGUGGCCGAGGCCCUCAGUGCCCGCCUACAUCCUGAGGGCCCGCCCCUAAAGUUCCAGUAUGAGGAGGAUGAGCUGACCCGUGAGAUGCUGGUUUUGGUGACUCCCCAGUCUGUAGACAGCCACCCUUCCAUGUCAGGAAGUGUAUCUGCUGAACUAGUGUCUGCAGAGACUGAAGCUGAUGCCAGACAAGCCAUCGACAUGGCCCCUGUGCCGCCCGAAGGGGCAGACUCUGAGUUGGACAGUGAUGAUGAGUUUGUCCCAUAUAACAUGUCGGGGGACACGGAGCUGAAGAGCAGAAAGGCGCCCAUGUACGUCCGAGACUGCCUGGAAGCUCUGUUGGCUUCAGAGGACAUGGAGCUCUGGGAGGUGGCACUGCAGGCACUGGAGGGCCUGGUCUAUCGGAGUCCAGCAGCCACCCAGGAGGUGAGCGUGGAGCUGGCCCAGGUGCUUCUGCACCUGGAGGAGAAGACCUGUGUGGCAGGCUUUGAAGGGCUGCGCCGCAGAGCCCUGGUGGCUGUCAUUGUCAUGGAUCCAGCCAGGGUGGCGGAAUACCUGACCGCACAGUUCUACGCCCUCAACUACAGCCUGCGACAGCGCAUGGACAUCCUGGAUGUUCUCACACUUGCUGCCCAGGAGUUGUCUCGGCCCGGGCGGCAGAGCACGGCUUCCUUGCAAGGACCCCUCAGUCUCACUGGCCAGGGUGAGCCGGUCCUGCCCCCCUCCCAGAUGGGUGAGUUGGCACCUGCAGACUGGCAGGCAGUGGUGGAUGAGCGCAUUCGUAGCAAGACCAGGCGGUUCUCUAAGGGCACCCCCAGGCCGGACCCUGCAUGUGGCCCCAACAAGUUCAACAGUGUAGCCGGCUGCUUCUUCUUUCCCCUCAUCCAGCGCUUUGACAGGCCUCUGGUAACCUUUGACCUUCUGGGAGAUGACCACCUAGUCCUGGGCCAGCUGGCCCACACAUUGGGGGCCCUGAUGUACCUGGCUGUGAACACCACGGUGGCUGUGUCCAUGGGGAAGGCCCUACUGGAGUUCGUAUGGGCCAUCCGCCUCCACACAGACCCCUACGUGCGCCAGGGCCUGCUGUCAGCAGUGGUGUCCGUCCUGGUGAGCGUGCCUGCAGAGCGGCUGCUAAUGGAGCUGGCGGAGGAACUGCUGGAGACGCGGGCCUGGCUGGCAGAUGUGGCUGAGGAGGACCCCAAUGGGGACUGCAGGGUGCUGGCUGCCCGGGCACUGCUGCUUACAGAGAAGCUGAGGACCACACUCCUCCCAUGUCCUCCUCCUUAG